GUGGACUACAACCAUGGGGGACCUCCCACCUGAGGCUGAUGGAGAGUCUCGAGUAAAGGAACUCGAUCUUCCUGAAUUUUGGCCCAAAAGAUCAGCGUUGCAGCAAAGUUAGUCGCUAUUAGUCCCGGCUCUUGAUCCCGAUGGUCUGGCCUAGCCAGCAAGGUGUCUUUGAUUUGACAUGUCUUGGUGAGCGCGAAAAAAGGGAGAAAGUCACAUCAUGGCGGUAGACGGUGUGCAUGAGAUUAAAGGUAGCUGCAGGGAGGCUCUUUCGACGUCCCGCGUACUGGAAGGAUUGUUUGCUCACUUAUCACCCCCAAAUUCCCAAAGGCCCUCCUCGGUUGGACAUCAACGUUGCAUUAUUCCAGCUAUCCACUGCGGCGGCCGCCCCCCUUCGGUCAGUUCAUCCGAAGAUUUCAAAGUGGCUGGAGCUGGUUGGACGCAGAGACGCUGAAGGUCCAUUUCACCUUUCGACACCAAGAGGGGACGAAAGGGGGCGGCACUGCGCGCCCAGAUCACCUGCAGGCUUCGCGAUCACGGGACAAGUCGCCUGCGUUGCCUGCAUCUGCCUGCAAGUACGGCGAUGGCCUCGUUUGGGAGCUCUGCCAAUGACGGUGUUCUUAUUUGAAACAAAGCGCGAGCUCGGGCAGUUGGCGCGCUUGGCACCAGAUAGCAGACAAGUUUAUAUCAAACAUUCUAGCAGCCCCAAGGAUGCACAUCCCGGGGUGCAGCGGGUCUGCCGACGACCGAGACCAACACGGAGAAUCUUUGCGACCCCCCGGUCUGGCGCUACGGACCCCGGACUGUGCACUACUACGUAUGCAAGAGCAACCACCCUUGGGCAUCACGAGAUUAAGGAAACUUGCUUCAGUGGGGGUCCUUCCCGUCUUGUACAACUCUUCCAGGUGCGGACAGUAAGUGGCACAGUGAGUGGUUGUUGAAUGAUGGAUCGUUGGAUAGGGGAGGCAUGGAGGAAUAUAAUAUCAACACCAGAGGCCCGCCUCCAACCUCAACACGACUUGACUCUCCUUUUCGAAUGUUGAGCCGCAUCUUUCGUGCAUUCCUUCUUUUUCGAGUCACCGCUAGUACGGUGUUUUC